UAUAGAGCAACAUUUAACUGACGCGACAAAACACUUUGUAGUUUACUGCCUCAUUUUACAAAGACUUUAACUGAGAAAGAUUUUAUUUCUGUGGCUUGCGAUCCUGAAUAAUUCCUUUAGCUUCUGUCCACAUUAUUAUUUCGGUUAAAAAUACAUACAAGCUGUAGUGUUGUGUUCUAUUUUUUCGCACGGAAACAGGAAAGCUCUCGUUUGCGGCUCAAAAAAAAAGUGAGAAAAAGAAGAUAAAUUCUUUAUACGAUGUCGGCUUCAGUUCUUCUCUCGUGCGGUCUAAGUGAGAAAUCUCUCGUGCCUUCAAUCUUCAUUGGAGAGUGCUCAGGAGUCGAUGGAAGUUUUCUCGUAAGCUGCCUUCUUGGACAUCAAUUCAAGCACCGCAACACUGGGAUGCUGCUCGUGUGUCUACACAAUUCUUUCAAUCAUUACAUUGAGGCUGGUCUUAAGUUGGGCUACAAUUUGUCUAAUGCCAAAGAGAGGAAGAAUCUUCUGGUGCACAAUCUCAUUAGUAGUUUGCCCGAAAUGAUGCAGAGUGGUGUCAAUGUGGCCGAAAAGUGCCUCCAGGACAUCCUCAGCGACCUGGAGCUACUGAUGCAAGCUCAUGAGCACACAACCGUCCUUAUUGAUGACAUUUCCGUCCUCCUCAAUGUGGGUGUGAGUGAGAAUGUCGUGCUGAAUUUUUGUCAAGAGCUCCAGAAAUUAACAGUCUGGCAUCCGCGUGUCACAGUCGUUACAAAGAUGAAUUGUGCCAACAUCCACACCAUUCUCUUCAAUCAUCUCUUUGAUCUUGCAAGUACGCGAAUUACGGUGAAGCCACUUGAAUCUGGGAAUUUCCACGAUGUCGAUGGAAAAUUGAUCAUAAGCCACAAGAAUGAGGAGAUGGAACUUUCAGAGAAGGAAAAAUCUGUUCUCUAUCACGUCAAUGAGAGGAAUGUGAAGAUAUUCCUUCCCGGAGAAUAUUCGGUGAGUAACUGAAAGCCGUGAAAUAAUUCACAUAAGCAUUGCCAUUUAGAGUCCGGUCAAUGGAAACGGGCGAUAAAUAGACUGAAAUUUUCAGAAACCAUUUUUUUUAUAUCUUUCUCCCUCACUAUCAGCUCUACUUUUAAUUAGUGCGAUAGCUAAAAAUAAGCAAUAUAUAUUAUCUUUCGGCAAAACAAGAGAGCACAAAAUGAUGAUUGAUUGAUCUGUGUUUUUUUGCACCCUUUAAAAGCAUGGCGAUGAAAUUAAGAUCAAUAAAAUCCUAUCCUCUCGCCCAUUAAAUAUUUAUAGGCAAACAAUCAUUGCUUGGUCCUUUUUGAAAAUCUUUCAGCAUUAUGCUCUCUUGUUUGGUCAUAAAAAGAAUUUUGUGUGAUGUUAUUAAUUUUAUGUUAAGCCCCCCUUUUACAUCUCAAGCAUGAUAAAAAUUUCUCACGAAAAUAUAGGGUGUUCCAAGCUCAAUGCUAAGAAACAUUUAGUUUGAUUUGAAUGCAAUUUCCCAAAAAUAAUGUCAAUCAAAAAGACUCAUAAAUUACUUUGCUUUGAAUUAUGAAUAUCAAAAUUAUUUUAUUUACUGAUUUAUUCAUAUGAAUUAGUAUUUUUUUAAAUAAAAAAAAAUAUAACUUGUUUAUUAAUUUUCAGCUUUAAAAAAAAGAGAAAAAAUAAUUGCGGCUCUAUCAGAAAUUUAAAAAUGCUCAUAAAAAUGGAAAUAUUCUCAUUCUUGAGGUGGAUUUUGUAAGAUUUUUUUCUAUCAAGGAUUUCUUUCCUUGGCCCUUUUUUCUCCAAAAUUCCAAUUUAUGUAAGAUUUAUACGAUCUAUAAUUUAUGAUCAAAUUCUUGUGCAAAAUUUUCAAAAUCAUUUGUAUUUAAAUACAUAUUUUAUAAUAAAAAUUAAAAAUUAAAAAAAAAAACUAAAUUCUGUAUUUUUAUGUUAAAAUUUUUAUUUAUGAUUUAUAUUGAUUUUCUAUCAAUUUAAAUAUCACAGAAAUUUUAAUAAACAAAAUUCGGAUUUGCAUUUUUUGUUAAAUUCCAAACUUGAACGACAAAACAAUUAAUUAAAUAGUUCUCCUAAUUUUCAAACGUAAAACAGUUUUUUUUUAACUUGAAACUUCUCUUCUUUCUGGCGACAGAUUAUAUUUUUUAAAAGAUCAACAAGUUUUUAAGACUACGAGUCAUUAAAUAUUCUCCACCUUCUGGAAAAGAUAUUUUCAAUAUUGGGUCCUAUUUAGCGAUCUAGAAAUCUUUGAAUGUAUUGAAAUCUCUGAAGAAAUUCUUGAAAUUUUAAGGAAUUCUUGAACGCCGAAUAGUAAGUAAUCUUUGAAUUUUUUACAAAACACUUUAUUCUUUCCUUCUUAAGAAUCCUCUCUAAAAAAAAUAUAUAUAAUUGCCGCAAAUAUAUUUUAAUUUUUACCCAAAUACGCCAAUAUUGAAAGAAAUCAACGUUCCUUUUUUUUUAAUUCAAGUAUAUUAUAGUAAGUCUAAGGAUAGACGGGAUGUAGUGGAUCUCUCGAGAAUUUCACAAAAGCUCUAAAAUCGCAUUUAAGGGUUGAGAUUAAGCAACAUUCUUUGCUGCUCUUUUGAGAAUUUUACAAAAUAUUUUAUAGCAAAAAUACCACAGAAAUUCUUUUAAUCCAAAUAGAUCCACUCCACCCUACUCUCCCCUAAUUAAAGAAAAUAAAAGUCUAAAACUAUAAAUUAAGUUUGAAAUUAUAUUUUAUGAUUGUAAGACAUUAUAAGAGUUUAUAAUACAUAAAAUAAAAACUUGAAAA